UGGGAGCACCGGAGCUGGGCAGCAGGGGCCGGCUGGGCCGGCACUCACCCUCGACCCACCUGCCCUGUAAUGGUAGUCUAUCAGUGGUAGGUUCCAGGUUCCCCGGGGCAUGUAAGCAGUUAGUGGUUGCCAGGUGUUCGGAGCCACCAGCGCUCCAGGUACCCUGGGAGCUUGCUUCUCUAUCAGCGGUGCUGGCUCUUGUGGAGAUGUCCAAUUGACAGGAGAGCUACUGAGGACCAUAACGCUCCCCCUUUGAACCAAUUCCAUGGUGCCCAUGGCUCUGCGGGCCAAUCUGUUGCCCCUGUGCUGCUUGGCACUCCUGGCACUGUCUGUCCAGAGCUGCGGGCCGGGCCGGGGACCGGUUGGCCGGCGGCGAUACGUGCGCAAGCAGCUUGUGCCUCUGCUGUACAAGCAGUUUGUGCCUAGUGUGCCCGAGCGGACCCUUGGCGCGAGUGGGCCAGCGGAGGGGAGGGUAGCAAGGGGGUCCGAGCGCUUCCGGGACCUCGUACCCAACUACAACCCCGACAUAAUCUUCAAGGAUGAGGAGAACAGCGGGGCUGACCGCCUGAUGACAGAGCGUUGCAAAGAGCGGGUGAACGCUCUAGCCAUUGCGGUGAUGAACAUGUGGCCCGGAGUGCGCCUACGUGUGACUGAAGGCUGGGACGAGGAUGGCCACCACGCUCAGGACUCACUCCACUACGAAGGCCGCGCCUUGGAUAUCACCACGUCUGACCGUGACCGCAAUAAGUAUGGUUUGCUGGCGCGCCUAGCAGUGGAAGCAGGCUUCGACUGGGUCUACUAUGAGUCCCGAAACCACGUCCACGUGUCGGUCAAAGCUGAUAACUCACUGGCGGUCCGAGCCGGCGGCUGCUUUCCGGGAAAUGCCACAGUGCGUCUGCGGAGCGGCGAGCGGAAGGGGCUGAGAGAACUCCAUCGUGGUGACUGGGUACUAGCCGCCGAUGCAGCGGGCCGGGUGGUGCCCACGCCGGUGCUACUCUUCCUGGACCGGGACCUGCAGCGCCGCGCCUCCUUCGUAGCUGUGGAGACCGAGCGGCCUCCGCGCAAACUGUUGCUCACACCCUGGCAUCUGGUGUUCGCGGCUCGUGGGCCAGCGCCGGCUCCAGGUGACUUUGCACCGGUGUUUGCGCGCCGAUUACGCGCUGGGGACUCGGUGCUGGCUCCAGGCGGGGACGCGCUCCGGCCGGCUCGCGUAGCCCGUGUGGCCCGCGAGGAAGCAGUGGGCGUGUUCGCACCGCUCACUGCGCACGGGACGCUGCUGGUGAACGACGUCCUCGCCUCCUGCUACGCGGUUCUGGAGAGUCACCAGUGGGCCCACCGCGCCUUCGCUCCUUUGCGCCUGCUGCACGCGCUCGGGGCGUUGCUCCCCGGGGGUGCGGUCCAGCCGACUGGCAUGCAUUGGUACUCUCGACUACUUUACCGCUUGGCGGAGGAGUUAAUGGGCUGAUCAUCCGAGUAUAGAAGUACGCCAGGCUCUGGGCGAAACCGAAACCGAGGCGUGCUAAGAUCUGGGGAUGUGGGCAGCAUAGGUGAUGCUGAUUGGGAAAGUGGGUAUGGAAAGAGACUAGAGAAAAAGAAGAGCUCUACUGGAACUUAUUGGUUUAGAGGCAACUUUUAGCUGAUAGGAGUGCUCCUCGGGUCCUUGAUAACUGGGUUUGCUGAUGGGCACUCUUUAAUGAGGACUUUUUUUGCGUCUUCCCCAGUGCCCCAGUCUCACCCGAUAAUUUUAUUUUCUAUUUAUAAAUUGUAAUAUAAUGAUCUGGUUGCCCAGCCCACCAAGGUGAGGGCCUGGAGUGUGGCAUUAACACUGUCUGACACAGCCAGUCAAUCUGAUGCCUCGCGUUCUCCUGCAGGUGGCUUAAUAAAGGGAAGGCUUAUUGGAAA